GGCAGAUGUCGUCGUCAGCGUGAUCUCAUAACAUCGAUAGUCUAUAUAACUCCGCUGCUCUGCUCUCCCUCCCCUCAUCGCCCUCUCUCUCCUCGCCAUCGCCCAUCAUGUCCAUCUCCAACAAGCUCUCCAUCACCGACCUCGACCUCAAGGGUAAGCGCGUCCUCAUACGCGUCGACUUCAACGUCCCGAUGCAGGAUGGCAAGGUCACCAACCCAGCCCGUAUCGUCGCAGCUCUCCCGACGAUCAAGUAUGCACUGGACAACGGAGCAUCCAAGGUCAUCCUGAUGUCCCAUCUCGGCCGCCCGAAUGGCCAGGUGAUCGCCAAGUACUCCCUCGAGCCCGUGUCUAAGGAGCUCGAGAAGCAGAUCGGCAAGCCUGUCAUCUUCGUGCACGAGUCCGUCGGUCCCGCGGUCGAGAAGGCCGUGAACGACGCCGCACCGGGUUCGAUCAUCCUCCUCGAGAAUUUGCGGUUCCACAUCGAAGAGGAGGGCUCUGCAAAGGACAAGGAGGGCAAGAAGACCAAGGCCGCCCCGGCCAAGGUGAAUGAGUUCCGUGAGGGCCUCACGCGUCUCGGCGACGUGUACGUGAAUGACGCAUUCGGAACUGCCCACCGCCCACACUCGAGUAUGGUCGGUGUGAAGUUGUCGCAGCGUGCUGCGGGCUUCCUCAUGAAGAAGGAGCUCGACUACUUCGCAAAGGCACUUGAGCACCCUGAGCGCCCCUUCUUGGCUAUCCUUGGCGGGGCAAAGGUCUCUGAUAAGAUCCAGUUGAUUGAGAACAUGCUCGAUAAGGUCGACUCUCUCAUCAUCUGUGGUGGUAUGGCCUUCACUUUCAAGAAGAAGCUGGAGAAAGUAUCGAUCGGUAAUUCGCUCUUCGACGAGGCCGGUGCAGAGAAGGUCGCCGCACUUAUUGAGAAGGCCAAGACGCGCAAGGUCAAGGUCGUCCUUCCCGUAGACUAUAUCACCGGAGACAAGUUUGAUAAGGACGCAAAGACCGGCGUCGCAGACGACGCGAGCGGCAUUCCCGACGGCUGGAUCGGCCUUGACGCGGGCCCGAACAGUCGUGCGCUCUUCAGAACGACCGUCUUGGAGGCGAAGACCAUUCUUUGGAACGGUCCCCCCGGCGUGUUCGAGUUCCCGGCGUUCGCAGAGGGCUCGAAGGCGUUGCUCGACGCGACGAUCGAGGCCGCACAGAAGGGCGCGACCGUCAUUGUCGGCGGUGGAGAUACUGCAACGGUCGUUGCCCAGUACGGUGCCGAGGAUAAAAUCAGCCAUGUCAGUACCGGCGGAGGCGCUAGUCUCGAGCUGCUUGAGGGCAAGACCCUCCCCGGUGUUGCAGAGUUGAGUGAGAAAUAGCAAUCAGUACAUGGUAGGGCUAGCAAAUAUUGAAGAAGAUACUAUCGCGCGAUGUAUGCUACGUGAAAGAAGCAAAAAGAAGAGUUGUAAAUAGGCGAAGAAUAUAGAGAC